AUGUAUUAAAACUCGUAGCGGAAAACAUUAGAAUAGAAAUUAAACAUGAGGUGAAACAUUGCCUAUUAUCUUUAAAAAUAGAUAGUGGUACUCGACUUUCCAGAAACAUAUUUGGAAUCAGUGCACAGUUUAUUAGCAAAAAUUAAAUAAGAUCACGUAUACUUGGAAUGGUUGAACUUAAAGGACCGAAUGCAAGUGCAUCUAAUAAUCUUGCUAAAGAAAUCUUAUCAACGUUAGCAAAGUAUGAUAUCCAAAUUGGACAAAUUGUGUCAAUUACAUCUGAUAAUGGGGCCAAUAUGAUAAAAACAACGAAGUUGUUAUCCCAAUAUUGUACAAACGAAGACGAUAUUGAAAUGUCUGAAGUAGAUAACAACAAUAUGUAUAUAAGAAAUAUUGAUAGUUUUCAAAAAUCGAUAGAUGUACGUUUAGGUGAAAUACAAAUAUGCAGGUGUGCAGCUCACACAGCACAAGUUUGCGCACUUGAUAUAACAAAAAAUGCAGAUAUUAGAAAAUAUUUGCUUCAGUGUCGCAAUAUGACUAAAUACGUUAGAAAACCAUCAAACGGGUAUAGAGAAAUAUUUGAAUUCAAAAAAUUACCAUUACCCCAAUUGGACUGUCCUACUCGAUGGGGAUCAACAUACCAUAUGGUUGAACGGCUUAAUAAAGCAAAAGACAUAUUAAGUCAUAUUGCAUCAGAAAAAAAAGUAAACGAAAGAUGAAAAUUUCGAC